UGUCAGCAGCCAAUACAGGAAGUACCUCCUGGCAGCUAAUGAUGGCAAGCUAAACAGUACUGAUGAAGAGACGAGCGACAUAGCGACAAAGGUGUCUCCGUGCCACAAAGAAGACACUUCAUGUUGGUGCCAGAAGGUUCCUCAGAAAAGCGAAUGUUAUCAAAAUGGAAAGAGUUGUCAGAACCGUCGUAUUUUCGGUCAUUUUCUUGGCUUCGCAGAUGAACUGCCAAGAGGCAAUCUUGCACAUUUCAAAUGGAAACACAGAAAGGGAGUACUGCCUUGUCCACAAUCACUCCUGGACGCCUCUGUCACAAACUCUUGAUGAUGCAGAGCAGUAUCCACUGGUGAAUCUGACCUCCACUGUGCUGUGCAAUAGCUCAGGAGUCAGUCCAGAUACGGUCAAGGACAAAGCAGUUGUGGUGAUGAGGGGGGACUGUGAUUUCAGCCAAAAAGCUCUUGUUGCACAGAGCCUUCAAGCUAAAGCUUUGCUGAUUGCCAGCAACAUGUCACUGAUCACUCCAUCAGCCAAUGACACUGAGUAUGCAAAAGUCCAUAUCCCGUUAGCUCUCAUGAGGUACAGAGACUUCCUUGAGGCACAGCAGGUAUUUGGGGACGGGAUGCAGGUAAAGCUUUAUGCCCCCCCAUACUCAAAGAUUGAUGCGAGCAUAGCGGUGAUGCUGCUGAUUGCAAUGGUCACAAUUGCCUUGGGUGGUUACUGGAGCGGGGCAUGUGAGAAGGGGCGACUGGAAAGUAGUUUUACUGGGGCAGGAGGGGAAGAGAGCAAAGCAGACAGUGGAGAGCUUUUCCUGUACUCUCCCUUCAAAGUGGUUGUCUUUGUGGCCCUGAUGUGUGGGAUGUUGGUCCUCAUGUACUUCUUCUACAACAUCCUUGUUUACAUCAUUAUUGCGAUAUUCUGCCUGGCAUCUGCCUCUGCACUGUACAGCUGUCUGGAUGCUGUAAUGGACCUCAUUGGCUGUGGCACAGUGAGAUUCUCUGUUCGAAACUGGACCUUCUCAGUGAGGUCUCUCAUACUCGCUGCUGUGUGCAUCAGCAUUGCUGUGGUCUGGGGAGUUUACAGGAAUGAAGACAGAUGGAUCUGGAUCUUGCAGGAUCUACUGGGCAUUGCUUUCUGCCUCAACUUCAUGAAGACCAUCUCACUGUCCAACUUUAAGAUCUGUGUCAUUCUGCUGAGCCUCCUGCUUUUGUAUGACGUGUUCUUUGUCUUCAUCACACCAUUCUUCACCAAGAAUGGAGUCAGCAUCAUGGUUCAGGUUGCUCUAGGCCCAGAUGCAUCUGCAGAGAAGACGCAAGGUAACAUGGUGGAGGUCCCUGCUGAACCACAGACACCCUCUGAGAAAUUGCCAGUGGUGAUGCGUGUCCCACGGUUCUCCGCUUGGGCUCAGAACCUGUGUGGCAUGCAGUUCUCUAUUCUGGGAUACGGAGACAUCAUUGUUCCAGGUCUCCUGGUGGCCUACUGCAGCAGGUUUGAUGUUUGGAUCAACAGCAGAAGAAAAAUCUACUUCUUAAGCUGCUGCACAGCCUACCUGCUAGGAAUGAUCGUGACAUUUGCUGUGAUGCUACUGUCAGGCAUGGGUCAGCCUGCACUACUGUACCUGGUGCCCUUCACACUGAUAACCUCUGCCGUGUUGGCUGGUUGUAGGGGAGAGAUGAGGCAGUUCUGGACAGGAAGUUCUUAUGAGGUCUUGGACUCAUCCAGGAAACCUUUGCUGCCAGAGAGAAGAACUGACAGUUCCAUAGAAGGAGAAGUAUGCUGACCUACAGUUGUGAGAAUUGACCCAGCCGCUGGACGCUUUCUUUUUACAUUUUUAUAUAACAUGUGCAGAGCAAGGGAACAUGUGUAAUUAAUCAACAGAUUCUUUCAAAACAGGAAGGGGUUCAUUUCACUACUGUGAAUGAUUAGAAAGCAAAUAUACAGUAUAUAUUAUGUAGGUAAAACUUGACGUUCAAAGAUGUUGAAAGGCUUUAUAGUGCCUGAAAGGUCUGUUAAGUUCACGUUUGAAACUGUUAUGACUUUGCCUUGGUUAUGAUUGCAAAAAGCAGAAUGAGAAAGCACUUUAUAAUAUUCAGCUUGACAGUUGUUUCAUCAGGGGUGGGGAGGGAUGGGGUUUUAAUCA